CAAAAUGUUAGCAACUACAGGCCUCAAUAGACAGAGUCACGACAACAGAGGCCCAGGUGGAGGCAGUGACCGUAAAAAUGCUUUGGGCAAAAUGGCAGCCAGUGCCUUCAUGAGUGCAGGAAAAAAUGAUAAUGAAAGCGAUAGUGAAGAAGAAUCUGGCAAUAUUUUAGACCAAAGAAGGAUCAAUGAGAUCUUCGUCCGUCUCAAAGUUGCAGAGAUUUCUUCAUUGAACUUCGCUAUACUUGGAAUCCUUUGUGGUAUUUUUGAUUACGAAAUUUCCUAUAAUGAUGGUUCUGAUGAGGAAAAGACUUUUAGAAUAAUAUUAGAAUGCUUCUGUGUCUUUUCAACCAUAUGCAUCUACAUUGCUCUUAUUGUAAGAUACACUCUAGUGCUCACUCUGCAGAAAUCAAAAGGAUUCUAUUCAAAAUAUGACACAUUGAUGAAUACUGGAUUAUAUAAAUACUUCUUUACUGAAAUAGUAAUCAACAGCAUUACCCCAUUUCCUUUCAUCUGGGACACAACUUAUUCCGAAAAAUAUUCAGACUAUGAUACGAAGGUGAGAUAUAGAGUAAAUGAUGUUUUCCUGCUUGUUAUGUGUCUUUGUAGAACCUAUCUGAUUAUCAGAGCCAUUCUGACCCUCUCAAAUUUCAUGAACACUAGAUCCCAAAGAGUCUGUAAUAUGAGUGGAACAACUGCUAAUUUCAUGUUCUCAGUAAAAUCCUUGAUGAAGAAGAAACCAUACUCAGUCCUGCUAACUUCUCUCGUAGUGAGUGUCGGGCUCUUCGGAUUUGUUCUCAGAAUUUUCGAGAGACCGUUAAGCGAAGCCUCUGGCCAAGACUUUAACUCUAUCAACAACGCUUUCUGGGUGACCUUGAUCACGAUGACAACUGUCGGUUAUGGUGAUUUCUUCCCAAAGUCAAAUAUUGGACGUUUCAUAGGUAUCCUGAUUGCUUUCUGGGGUGUUGCCUUUGUGUCCUUGUUCGUUGUAACGCUCACCAAUCUCCUCUUGUUUGAAAACGGAGAAGAGAAAUCCUAUAUUCUUCUACAAAGACUCAAAAGCAAAGAUGCCCUAAAGAAAGAAGCAGUUAAUGUUAUCACUGCUGCUUACAAGAAAAGAAGAGCUGCCCCUGGUGAUAUUAGCGCAAUAAGAAAUUUCAGAGGAUACUUGCUCAAAUUCCAGGCGAUCUCAAGAUCAAUCAGAGGAAAUUACGAAAAUGAGACAGACGCAGAUAGAAUCAAAAGAGACUUGGAAGACCUCAGAGAAGAUAUAGACUUUAUCAAAGAGAAUCUUUUCCAAAUUUGUAAGAGUAUAGGCAUUGAAGAGAAAGAUCUCAUAGAGUAAUUCAAUUCAUAAUCCAACAGUUUUAC